GUCGAGUGACUAGCGUACUAAUGAUAAGAUACUACGUCGUCCUUGAAAGUUAAAAGUGCUUUAGAUCUUCUCAAACAUGUGAGAUUACACCUCGUGGUUUCCCUUUUCCAGAAUGCGGGGUACACAUAUAUAAGCUCAGGUUCACUCCAAGUUUUGCGUUCACAGAUUCUAGAAUAAACUAGUUUAACUUACAAAGAAAUUUAACAUUGCCAGUCCUAAAAUAAAUACAUAUGUCUGAACCCCAGAGUCAGGCAACUGGCUCGGAGAUCACUCUCUACGAUCUCGCUAGCAAGGGACAUUGUGCUAGUUGGUCACACAAUGCAUUGAAAGGUAUGUGAGAUAGUCUAUUUGUACUAUCUUUCCCAAGCUAAUAAUCACCAGCACGUCUAGUUCUAAAUUACAAGGAGAUUCCAUACAAAACUGUUUGGAUUGAAUAUCCAGAGAUAUCUCCAACUUUCAAGUCCCUGUCCGUGAAUCUACACACUAUUAUACUUCCUAGCAUGUCAUUAACCACUUUCUUCAUACAGCGGUAUUACCCCAAAUGCAACAGGCUUGCCAUACACAAUCCCCACAAUUCGUCUCCCUGAUUCCACCUAUAUCCAAGAUUCCCGCUCCAUCGCCUCCACCCUAGAGACAAAUUAUCCUACUCCCCCUCUCAGAAUCGACUCUCCUUAUCUGUCUCAAGCCGAAGAUUUAAUUACCAAACUCCAGCUUUCAACACGUCCCCUCUGGAUGCCACUUCUUCCCACAAACAUCUUAAAUGAUCAUUCGCGUGCUUAUUUUGAGGAGACUCGAAAGAAAAGAGUGGGUAUGCCUUUAUCCGAGUAUGGUGAGAAGGAAGGUGGAGAGAAGUGCUGGGUAGCUGCUGAGCCCAUUGUCCGGGAAUUGGGAAGAUUGUUAAAGACUAAUGGUGGGCCAUUUAUUGAGGGAGAUACUCGUAAGUUACACACCAAAGUUGUGCAUAUGAAUUGAGAAAUGAGUCGCUGACAUAGAAAAAUUUGAUAGCUUCGUAUGCAGAUUUCUUUAUCGUUGCUACUUUGCAAAUGUUAAACAGGAUUGAUGCCAAAAUCUUCGCACGUUUAGUAGAAAUGGAGGACUCUUUGGGAAGAGUAUAUGAGGCCUGUACCCCUUGGUUGAAACGGGACGAUUAGUGAGAGGUAUGCAGUAUGCAUGAGAGCAAAAGCUAUUCUUUAUGAUUCCAAGUAGAACAGUAACAUAUGAUUCAAUUUCUUAAGCUGCCA